AAAAAAGAAAAGGAAAGAACAGUCAUUCUAGCUAGACUAAAAUGUGUUUAAAAGAAAUUCAUUCCAAAAUCAACAACCAAUCAACAACCAAGAAGAAAAAAAAAAGAUACCCAGAAUCAAAUAUCAAUAACAUCAAACAAUUUUAUUUGUUAUUUUUUAUCAAAUAUCUUUUUGUUUUCAAGCUUUUUAGACUUUAAAAAUGAAUAAGUUUUAGAAUAUUUUUUUUUUGGAAUUUUUAGGUGAAUUUUAAAAUCAGUUUUAUAACUUUUUUUAUAUAGAGCUGUUAUACCCUGAUGUUCUAUUGUUAAUUUUUUAUUUUUUUAUAUUUUAUAUUUUAUAAUCAUUUAUAAAAUUUUCUUAUAUUUUAUAUUUAUUUAUACUUUUGACUUUUUCCUCUUUCCUCUUUCCUCUUUCCUCUUUUUCCUCUAUUUCCUCUAUUUCCUUAUUUUCCUCUUUUUGUUUUUUUACUUUUUAUUCACUUUUUUCCCUUUUACCCUUUUAUAUUACUUAUUCCCCAACUAUUUUGUCUUAUUCUUUACCUUUAUCAUUGAUUUUUAUUUUUUGUUUUAUUUUUAAGAAAAGUAAUAUUAUGCCCUUUUUUCAUAAUUGAUUUACUUAUUUACUUAUCUACUUAUUUACUUAUUUACUUAUUUACUUGUUUUUUUAUUCU